AUUCGCUCCUCAACACCACGCCCCGUGGCGAAAAACCAGCACUCGUGGUCACAGCAUGUCGUCGUGGAAGAUCUUGGUUUUGUCGGCUGCCUGCUUUGGCGCUCUCCUGGGCGUCCGAGCGCAGCAGGUCAACGUGAGAGAUCCAGAAUUGGGAGAAUUUCAGGACGACGGCAAAUGUUUUCCGUUGAAGCAGCCGUGGUUCGUGGCGUUCCGCAACUACGAGGUGGACCCUUUCUUCGGCCUGGCGGCAAAGUGCGUUCGCUUCAGCCCUACGGACGUCCCGUACGUCGACAACGCGACGCACGUCAAGGUUGAGUACGGCGACCACGACAGUCUGGACCUGAGUGUUCAGCUGGUUCGCACUGAUGGCUAUCACCACCAAAAUGCCCUCCGAGUGUCACCAACAGGAGGAGCGCAGGUCGAGAUUGACCUGCCCAUUGAUUACGUGGACUGCAGCACUUGCAAGAUCAUCAGACACCCGUACGCAGGAAGGGCUGCCUGCAGUUUGCUCGUCACUGCCGAGCACAUCGAAAACCCUCCGAACGCCUGCCACUUCAUCUAUCGGCUGCUGUGUGGCGCCACUAAAAUUCCCAUCUACGACGAAAGUUGCAAGAAGCAUCACUGAUCACCCCGGUCGCACCUACAUCAUAUCGCCAUCGCUGUGUACAUACCAGAUAUUCCUUUCAGGAUUGAGUAAAUGUAUAUAUAAAUGCAUAAUUUGCGCAAAUAUAACUUCUUUUCUCUCUGAAGACCAUUGUUCGAAGUGCAUUGUUUACAUAAUUAUGUAGUAAAGUUUACCUAUGACUGAUUGAAAUAAAAGCGGCGUAAUGCGCCUUGACGAAGACAA